AUGGACGGGGAAGAGGAUGCUGAUGACCAGUGCAGUUGGACCAGUCACAAUCUCAAAGAUGAAAUGUCAGGACUGAAAACGGUAUCUUAAGUCCAGUAAAUACCAUGUUCUAUUACACAAAAUAUCUUUGAGAAUGAACAUCACCAUUUAUUUGCAAGCACUCCUCUUAUCACAAUAUUGAAUCCGUUGUGUGUAGGGGGGUUACUGGAACUAUACAUCUUUGCAGUUGUCUGCACUCUGCAUCAAUUAUUUCCUUUAUGAGUUUGUUUGCAUGUUUCUCCUCAGUACUUAGUAGGAAAGGUGCCUAGCAGGGAUGAUAUCAGGGCACGUGUCCAGCAGUUUGUGGAGGAGAGGAUGCAGACUACCAUGGUACAGAGAUCCACUAAGCUUUAUGAAAGUGAAUGUGUACUUAGCUAGGGUGUAUUUAUUGUCGCACACCGUAGCAAAACAUUUUCACCGCAGCAAAAUUCACAACAUCAUUAAUUUGUUAUUGGACAAAUUCAGGUAGGUCCCUCCCUGUUUCGCUCCGUUUGCUUCUGUUUACCUCCGUUCGGUUAAGACGCAAACGGAACGAAAUGGGGAGGGACAUACCUGAACUUGUCCUAUAGAAACUCACGUUUACGUUGCAAAACGUUUUUUGUUUGUGAAACGUUUUGCUACUGUUGCUACGGUGUGCAUGCACCCCAGAUAAACUUCUGUUUCCAUCCAUGCAAAACUUUUUAAUAAUGCAAAAAAAACUAACAUAGUAGUAAAGUCUCUGGCCUUCUGAAAGUAAAUCCUACAUCAAGAAUGUAUAGUAAAGCCUCCUUAGACAUCAAUAACGAACAAACAAAAAGAGGAAGGAGGUCUUUGAUGUGGUCCCCCACAUUCCCCUUUGGUCUCUCCAUGACUUCUUGAUCAGACUUAUGUGGUCAUGUUUGUUGUUGUUGGAAUGUUCUGUGGUUCCCAGUGUAUGUGUCUGACACCAAAAUAACCAUAGAAUUGAAUAGAACACUGUAAUUUAAUGGAUCUUUAUGGUAAUAACCUUGUUGUUCUGUUGUCCAGUUGACUGGCGUGCUGAUCGGGGCUGUGGUGGCAGUGUCUCUAAUCGGCAUCGUGGUGCUCUUCCUCUAUAGAAGAUACAAGCUGGCCAGUGAGUCAUCCAUCCUCUUCCUCCCCACUUCAUGGGACAAACAUGAGGGGCAAGGAAACAGUUGAUAUUAAACUUGACAUUAAAGUAACUGAAUACAUUUUGGGGCAAAUCACAAAAUGUAACCACAUCACCAUAAUAAUAGGAAUUAAUAAUGGGACUUAUGAAUUGGCCCUGAACAGAGAGAAUCCUAUGUUUUACGGGACAUCAUUCAUUGUUCAUUCGUUGUAUGCUCAGUAGCCACUGUUGCAUAAGUGCUGUUAUCUAUGUUGAUAGCAUGUUGUGUCUGUAUUCGAAGGUGGACAGCAGGCUGUUCCCCGCUAUCGCUUCAGGAAGAGAGACAAGGUGCUCUUCUACGGCAGGAAGAUUAUGAGGAAGGUUAGUCAUUAUUGGUAUGUGGUCCAAAUGGCACCCUAGUCCCUUUAUAGGGCCAGUACUUUUGACCAUGGCCCAUAGGGAUCUCUGAGUGUAACGGCUAAGGUGUUGGGUUUACAGUCUUUGGACCCAGGUUUGUAUUCCGGUCUGAGCUAUCCCCCGAAUUCGCUACAAUACUACCUUCACAUGGGAAAAUGGAAGUGAUUCUUCACCAAGUCACUCAUCUCUAUCCCAUGCAUUAUUUAUCAGGGCCCAUAUUCAUAAAGUGCCUCAGAGUAGGAGUGCUGAUCUAGGAUCUAGCCUUUUGGAUUAUAAUGAAGACAAUUACGUGGACAGCGGGGACCUGAUCCUAAAUCAGCAAUUACUACUUUUCUGAGACACUUUAUGAAUACAGGCCUAUGAGUUUCAACACUCAUACAGUGCCUUACAAAAGUAUUCAUCCCCCUUGGCAUUUUCCUAUUUUGUUGCAUUACAACCUGUAAUUUAAAUGGAUUUUAUUUGGAUUUCAUGUAAUGGACAUACACAAAAUAGUCCAAAUUGGUGAAGUGAAAUAAAAUAAAUAACUUGUAAAAAAAAAUUCUCAAAACUAAAUAACGGAAAAGUGGUGUGUGCAUAUGUAUUCACCCCCUUUGCUAUGAAGCCCCUAAAUAAGAUCUGGUGCAACCAAUUACCUUAAGAAUAAAUCAUAAUAAUAUGCCAUUUAGCAGACGCUUUUAUCCAAAGCGACUUACAGUCAUGCGUGCAUACCUUUUUUGUGUAUGGGUGGUCCCGGGGAUCGAACCCACUACCUUGGCGUUACAAGCGCCAUGCUCUACCAGCUGAGCUACAGAGGACCAAUUAGUUAAAGUCUACCUGUGUGCAAUCUAAGUGUCACAAGAUCUCAGUAUAUAUACACCUGUUCUGAAAGUCCCCAGAGUCUGCAACACCACUAAGCAAGGGGUACCACCAAUCAAGCGGCACCAUGAAGACCAAGGAGCUCUUCAAACAGGUCAAGGACAAAGUUGUGGAGAAGUACAGAUCAGGGUUGGGUUAUAAAAAAAUAUCUGAAACUUUGAACAUCCCACGGAGCACCAUUAAAUCCAUUAUUAAAAAAUGGAAAGAAUGUGGCACCACAACAAACCUGCCAAGAGAGGGCCGCCCACCAAAACUCAAGGACCAGGCAAGGAGGGCAUUAAUCAGAGACGCAACAAAGAGACCAAAGAUAACCCUGAAGGAGCUGCAAAGCUCCACAGCGGAAAUUGGAGUAUCUGUCCAUAGGACCACUUUAAGCCGUACACUCCACAGAGCUGGGCUUUACAGAAGAGUGGCCAGAAAAAAGCCAUUGUUUAAAGAAGAAAAUAAGCAAACACGUUUGGUGUUCACCAAAAGGCAUGUGGGAGACCCCCCAAACAUAUGGAAGAAGGUACUCUGGUCAGAUGAGACUAAAACUGAGCUUUUUGGCCAUCAAGGAAAUUGCUAUGUCUCAUCACCCCGAGAACACCAUGGUGGUGGCAGCAUCAUGCUGUGGGGAUGUUUUUCAUCGGCAGGGACUGGGAAACUGGUCAGAAUUGAAGGACUGAUGGAUGGCGCUAAAUACAGGGAAAUUCUUGAGGGAAACCUGUUUCAGUCUUCCAGAGAUUUGAGACUGAGACGGAGGUUCACCUUCCAGCAGGACAAUGACCCUAAGCAUACUGCUAAAGCAACACUCGAGUGGUUUAUGUGGAAACAUUUAAAUGUCUUGGAAUGGCCUAGUCAAAGCCCAGACUUCAAUCCAAAUGAGAAUCUGUGGUAUGACUUAAAGAUUGCUGUACACCAGCGGAACCCAUCCAACUUGAAGGAGCUGGAGCAGUUUUGCCUUGAAGAAUGGGCAAAAAUCCCAGUGGCUAGAUGUGCCAAGCUUAUAGAGACACCCCAAGAGACUUGCAGCUGUAAUUGCUGCAAAAGGUGGCUCUACAAAGUAUUGCCUUUGGGGGGGUGAAUAGUAAUGCACGCUCAAGUUUUCUGUUUUUCUGUCUUAUUUCUUGUUUGUUUCACAAUAAAAAAUAUUCACAAUAAAUAUCUUCAAAGUGGUAGGCAUGUUGUCAAUCAAAUGAUACAAACCCCCCCAAAAAACAAUUUUAAUUCCAGGUUGUAAGGCAACAAAAUAGGAAAAAUUUACAUGUUUUGCCACUAGAGGGCAGAGCGCAAUAGCAUUUUGUGCCUUUGGGAACUCAUCCCAUUAUCCCCUUCCUUCUGUGGAUUCUAUCUCUCUGUCUCUUUGUCUCUGUCACUCGCAGGUCCAGACCCUGUCCUCCCCUCCAUCUUCUACCUCAGUGUCCAAGCAGCGCCCUCGGAAGAGACCCAAAGUCCUGAGUAUAGCUCGCAGGUACUAUCUCUACUCAAAAGUGAGGAAAUUACCGAUAAGGAAGGGCGCACUAGUCUCUUCCAUUUAAUGUGUUUUAGGAUCCUGCGUAUCCGUAAGGAGCCCCCCACUCUGCAGCCCAAGGAGCCCCCUCCCUCCCUGCUGGAGGCUGACCUGACUGAGUUUGAUGUGCAGAACUCCAACCUGCCCUCAGAGGUCCUCUACAUGUUAAAAAAUGUCAGGUAAUCACAACCUUGUUGCACACACACACACACACACACCAGUAGCAUUGUGUGUGUGUGUUCUGUGUCACUCUGCGGUUUCCCUCUGCUCUCAGGGUGCUGGGCCACUUUGAAAAGCCUCUGUUCCUGGAGCUGUGUCGUCACAUGGUCUUUGUGGAGCUGCAGGAGGGGGAGGGGCUGUUCCGGCCUGGCGACGACGACGACAGCAUCUACGUGGUCCAGGACGGACGUCUGGAACUCUGCAUCCACGAGAACGUGAGACCGGGCUAGAAUACCUGCUGGGAAUACACAAUGAAACCUACUGUACAUAAGCUCAGAGCUAGCUAAGUCAAUAUCAGACUUAUUUUUAUCAUUUUUAUCAUAUUUUAUCACCUCCCGAGUGGCGCAGUGGUCUAAGGCACUGCUUCGCAUUGCUAGCUGUGCCACUAGAGAUCCUGGUUCGAAUCCAGGCUCUGUCGUAGCUGGCCGCGACCGGGAGACCCAUGGGGCGGCGCACAAUUGGCCCAGCGUCGUCCAGGGUAAGGGAGGGAAUGGCCGGCAGAGAUGUAGCUCAGUUGGUAGAGCAUGGCAUUUGCAACGCCAGGGUUGUGGGUUCGAUUCCAGUAUGGAAACAAUUUAAAAUGUAUGCACUCACUAACUGUAAGUCGCUCUGGAUAAGAGCGUCUGCUAAAUGACUAAAAUGUAAUGUAAAUGUAAUCAUUCCGUGCACCUGGGGGAACUUAUCUUUCUGGACAUGUUCAACUAAACCUGUGGGGACCAACUGGGGACAGUUUGUUAGUCCCCACAAGGUCAAAUGCUAUUUCUAGAGGGUUAACGUUAGAAUUAGUGUUAGGGUUAGAAUUGGGUUUAGGGUUAGGAGCUAGGGUUAGUUUUAGGAUUAGGAGCUAGGUUUAGGGUUAGGGGCGGUGAAAGUAGGAUUUUGAAUGAGACUGAAUUGUUUUUCCCACAAGUUUAGUUAUACAAGACUGUGUGUGUGGUACAGGACGGCACAGAGCCGGUUGUGAAGGACGUGCUCCCGGGGGACAGUGUCCACAGUCUGCUCAGUAUUCUGGACAUCAUCACCGUGAGUUUACGGCUGUGUCCCAAAUGGGACCCUAUUCCCUUUAUAGUGCACUACCUUUGACCAUAGGGCUGUGGUCAAAAGUGGUGCACUAUAUAAGGAAUUGGCUGUCAUUUGGGACACAUCCUAUAUCUCCCCUCCAUCUGACGCGUGUCACACCCCGCCUCUGUCCUCCUCUCCUCUGGCUUAUCCUCUACCCACUUCUCCAUCAUCCAUCUCUCCCUCAACCCUGUCCUGUCCUCCAUCCACCCAGCUCUCUGCUUUUGUCCUUAACUACUGUACCUCUAUUCAUCUGUUCAUUUUUCCCUCUCUCUCUGUCCCUUCAGACAUCACUUUUUCAAUACGUCUAUUCUUCCCUCUCUCCUCUUCCUAUUUUUCUAAUUUCAGUGUUCCAUUCACCUCCUCCCCUGUCUCUUUUGUCCUCUCAUCUCCCCCUCCUUGUGUGAUUGGUUGGUUCCUGUGUUCCUCAGGGUUACCCCGCCCCCUAUAAGACUGUGUCAGCGCGGGCUGCGUCUCGCUCCACUAUCCUGCGUCUGCCCGCCUCAGCCUUCCAGUCUGUGUUUGAGAAGUACCCCGAGACUCUGGUGCGCGUCAUUCAGGUAUGGCGCCAACCCUCAGCCCACUCCCAAACACACUUCAAACAAACAACUCUUUGGACGAGACCCCCUAAUGGCAAGGUCUGCAUCCCAAACUGCACCUUAUUCCCUAUUGGCCCAAGGGUGAAUACUCUGCCUAACCUGAGUUGAAAGUACACCCUGAUUGUUCUGGAGAAUUCUUUCUCCAUAGAUGUUAUUGUGGCUGUAUCACAGGCAUUGUUGUGUAGUGGUGUUUGAUCUACCUUGGUGUUUGUGUGUGUUCCAGAUAAUCAUGGUGCGACUCCAGAGAGUGACCUUCCUGGCAUUACAUAACUACCUGGGCCUGACCACAGAGCUCUUCAACCCGGUAAGAGACACAGACACACACACAGACAGACAGACAGACAGAUUAAGCCCAGCAUCAUAAAGCUAUCCUCCAUGCAGAGUCAUAAAGCUCAGUGAAAAUUGAUAACGGGGAUCCCAAGCCUCUAUAAAUAAUAUGAAGGACAGUAACUUUUAAACCCACUUGCCGCUGCUCUUCCAUCAGUGUUAAAGCUUUAUUGUUCUCUGUCACAGAGCGGGAUUGGAAGUCGUCACUCAGACCCUCCCUGACCCAAUCUUCUCCAACAGCCACUUUAUUCUACAGUGGAAUUCUGUCGUCCAGAUUGGAUUUUCUCUAGGAUUCUAUUGUUCACCCACCUCAUAUUGUAUUCUCAUGUAAACAUGCAUCCAAGGACACAUGUGUUGUGUUGUUAUUGUUAAAUGCAUGAUUAGGUUGAUAUUGUGUAAAUAGUUAAUGUCAUAUUUUGCCUCUUUGAUUGACAGGAGCGUCAGGCGGUCACCUUGGUGACGGUUGCUGGGGUGAUAGGAGAGGGGAGUCCGGGCAGGAUCCCACGCAGACCCCACUUUCAGGAGGACCCGGUCUUCGUCCCCACACCUGCACCCACAGAAACCUGCUCGGACACAGACGCUGGGAAAGACAGCCCAUCCAAUGCCUUUAGGAAGACUCGCUCUAUCUCUAUGCCCACUGACGGCACAGGUAGGCUUGUCCCCUGCCCAGUGCUGCAACUACAUUCACUUGUGACUUCACACGUACACUAUGCCCAUCAAUACCUCUCUCUGCUCAGCAGGGGUGACAGGGAUUGACCUGAACAUGGCGUACGAGCGAGCCAGAGUCACCAUAGACGAGCGCCCCUCCAGCCCUGUCAUUUACAAGGUGAGCCCCCUUUCUCCCUCUCCCUAUGGGCCCUGGUCAAAAGUAGUGCACUAAAUAUGGAAUAGGGUGCCAUAUGGGACGCAGCCACUGACAGACCUCUGCCUCACUCAUGUCUGAACCCCCCUCCCUCUCUCCCCUCCCCCUCAUCCAGUCCAUCCUGAAGAAGAGUGUGACCAUGCAACACGCGCCCUCUGCUGUGUUCCACUACACGGACAGCGGGGGGCGCUCUGACACCGUCCACCCCAGCAAGGUCAGCUCCAUCUUCCAGGCUGCCAAGAAAGAUCUGCUGGGCAUCAUACAGUUGCAGGUGAGACGUUUCGGACAGGGAGGACUAUAUAGACCUAUAAUAUAUGGUUAUAUUGUUAAAUACAUGGUUAUAGAAUACAUCGAAAUAUAAUUACUAGACAUUCCCAUUUAAGUCAUUCCUCUGACGGGUGGAUCGGCAGCCAUAUGUUUUCUAUUUCUCUGAGUAAUGCUCUCCAUAGAAAUAUAAUGACUAGAACAGGCAUUACCUUUCAAGUCAUUCUUCUGUCCAUGGGUGGAUCGGUGGCCAUAUGCAAUUCUACAUCUAUGGAGAGCACUACUGUGAGACAGUAUUGGGUGUGUUCUGGGAACUUGUGUCCUCAUGUUUGCAUCCUCUUGUGACCUCAUGUUUUCUCUGUCGAUGUCUGAAUUCAUAGCAGUCUCUCACACCUACCUUAUUCCUGCUGUACCAUCAUCUCUCCCUCUCUGUCAGGACCCUGGUCUGUUGGAGGGCAGGGUGACUCUGCACCAGGUCAAAGCAGGCUCUGUGGUGGCCAGACAGGGAGACCAGGUCAGACCACAACACUUGCUGCUUCACUUCAACCAUAAGCUGAUUCCCCAUUGAUCAUACCCAUCCACACCUGGGUUCAAAUACUACUUGAAAUAAUGUACUUAUCUGUGUUGGAUUGAGCUUCCAUAGCUUAAUGGACCAAUGGAAUAGUCCCAACACUGGGGAAAUUCGACUGGGGGAAAAUGUAAUUUCCCCGAUGUCACACUAAUGCAAUUCCACAAAAUACACAACAUGUGCAGCAGCAUAUUGGCAUUUUCUUUUAUGCCACAUUAUACGAACAGGUUGUUGUAUGGAAGACUUACAUUCACAGCACAUGCAUAAUUGACACUGCCAGAGUGCACACGAAACCCGAAUGCAGUUUAGAGUUCUCGUCAGAACUGAAAAUUCUAUCCCGGUCUGACCCAAGCUCAGUGAACUAAAGCCCAAGCCCUGGUCCAAAAUCACAGAAAUGAAAUGAACCCGGAAAAAAAAGCCAACGCGGGUGGCAGAGGAGUGACGAGACGAGGAAACCGCCAUUGUGCCUAGAAAAAGCGCGGAGAGGAGAGAACUCUUUAGUUAUGAUCAUCUGAAUGAUGAACAUAUUGGAAUAAAGUCAGCUAAUGCCAUUGAAGCAUGUAUCAAAUUCUGGCUUAUACUGAAAUUCCCAGAGUCAUAUCCAACCAUUAUACUCAUUUAAAGCAAUAGUCGUGUGUGUGGUCACCUAGAUGAUCAUUUCAGCACUGUUUUGAUUGGGACAGCGCCAUCGCGCUGCUUUGAGACAAGCGCAGGGGACUAGUCUAGAUAAACAAAAAUCUGACAUUGAUUGAUUUAACACUGAAUCUCCAUUUUGAUAUUUGGUAACAAUUAGGCUGGGGAAAUGUUAGCUAAGUUAAGGUGAGUGCUGAUGAUCAUCUUUAUUCUUGUUUGCUCAGAUAUUAGCAGAUUUUGCUCUUCAGCCUGUCCUAUUUCUGACCGAAAGCCUGUGGCUUGUUUUGAUAAUCAGUCAAUGUUAUUUUGUUUCACUGAUUCUCUGUCUGUAUAUUUGGUUAAUUGAUCUCUGGCUGGACGUGAAAGUGAUAGAUGAUUAAACUAAUAAAUGUGCUAUCACUGAUCAGAAACAUUUAGGAUGCAAUAAUGUAGCCUAAAUCAAGUGUAUUAUGUAUCUAUUGAAUCACGUAGUAGCCUUGUAUAGAGUCUAGGCUAUUUCCCUGUCGUCCCAAUCUCACUGAAACCCUAAAUCCUGACUCCUGUCUCGCAUGAAAAUUCCUAACUUUAUUCUGUAAUCCAUAGGUUGCAUUAUCAAAGCACGUCUCGCAUAUGCAUGUCAAAAUACCGCUAUAACAUUUCCCCUGCUUCUCUGUGCGGUCUCCUGUUGUUGCCCAUAAGAGAGCUUCGGGAUAGAAUGUGUGAUCAACAAACAACAUGAAUGUCGAUAUGGAUAUAUAUUUUUACCAGAGUUGGUCCCUGUUAAGAUAGCUUGAUAUUUAAACAAUUUCCUCUCUUCAUCUCCCCGUUAUUCAUGAGCUGAUCUGCUAUCUGUAUAAUCAUCAACUCGAAAUAGGAGCUAAUCUGUCAUUUGUUAGAGGUUAUCUAGCAAGCUUAGCAACUUUGGUCAUUUGGCAUUUGUUUGACUGCCGUUACAAAGUUUGUAUGAUUUGACAAUGCUAUAGCCUACUCGUGGUGCGUCCUGAGCGUGCUCUGUGUCGAGAGCCUAGGCCUACUGCUGUAAUGCGCUGAAUUAAUUCAGGAACAUGAUAACGCUCUGAAUUUAUGAACAGCUUGUUUCGCAAUUCACAACAAUGUCAUUGGCAAUCAAAGUUACACUCAUGAAUAAAUAUCAGUUUCACUUGCUGUGAAAUCUUUACAUAGUGGCGCAUCCGGCAAUGUGGCCUAGUGACAAUCUUAUUUUGGGAGAACCCUGGCAUAGUGACCAUAUCUUGGUUUUAAACCCUUUAAAUGGACACUUCCAAUUUUUCCGGUAUUUCCCAGGACUCUCUGGAUAAAUAUGAAUUACUUCCGGUAUUGAAACUUUUAUUAAUCCCAGUGUGUGUGUUGCAGGAGGUGAGUGUGCAGUUUGUGAUCUUGGGCCUGCUGCAUGUGUACCAGCGGAUGAUCGACCGCGAGGAGGACACGUGUCUGUUUGUGACCCAUCCCGGGGAGCUGGUGGGCCAGCUGGCUGUACUGACUGGCGAGCCCCUCAUCUUCACUGUCCGAGCCCACCGAGACUGCAGUUUCCUCUCCAUUUCCAAGACACACUUCUACGAGUGAGGCACAGGGAACACACACUGUCAUGCACAUGUAUUUCAGACGCAUACAUGCACACUCCAACAUUUCAACAAUAAUCACCUGACCUUUGGUGUAAUGUACAUUUUUCUCUGUGUGUGUAUUUUCCCUCCUCAGGAUCAUGCGUGCAGAACCCACAGUGGUGCUGAACGUAGCUCACACGGUCGUUCGAAGGAUGUCGUCCUUCGUCAGGCAGAUAGACUUUGCUCUGGACUGGAUGGCUGUGGAGGCCGGCCGGGCGGUCUACAGGUAGGUAACCCCUUUGUCCACACCGAUGUCUACAAUCAAUCACACAGUUCAGCUUUACAGACUUCACUGAUCUACAGUAUUUCUAUCUCAUCUAGAGAUGGUACAUCUACAAUGAAACCACAAGAGUGAUUAGUCUUAAAGGGAUACUGCAAGAUUUCAAGAUUUGUUUCUACUUACCCAGAGACAGGCGAACUCAUGUAUACCAUUGUUAUGUCUCUGCGUGCAGUUUGGAGAUUAUUGAAGUUAGCAUAUCUUUAUUUUAGCGCAAUUGCUGGAAUUCUCCCAGUACACUAGCCAGCUCCUCUCAAAAGGAGGAAAAUAGAACUAACUACUCCAAAGCUGGGUGGUUGGACAUUUUAUAGUCCUACAAACCUAUACAUAGUAAUCAUUAUUUUAUAAUCUUUUUAAUUUGACUGAUAAUCAUAAGAAACAAGAUUCUAUCCACUUCCUCGUUCUCUGUCGCUUAGAGAUAUAUAGAGAUUGCAACGUUGUAUCUGUCCCAUUAUGGCGUCUGUUAACGCACGGGCAGCGCCAUUGAGCGCCAAUUUCAAUCAUCUCCAAACUGCACGCAGAGAUAUAAAAAUGGUUUCAAAGAGUUUGUCUGGGUAAGUAGAAAAACGACAGAAUUCUCGCAAUAUCCCUUUAACCUCAAACACGGUAAUGAAAGUCAAGACAUUACAACAAUCCACAUUCUAUAGUCGACAAUCCACACUAAUUCAGAAGCUUGAAUUUGUGUCUGGCUAAAGUUGAAACAAUUCUCUCUCUCAGACAGGGGGAUAAGUCCGACAGCACCUUCAUAGUUCUGAGUGGCCGUCUGCGCUCUGUCAUCAUGAAGGAGGACGGCAAGAAGGAGCUGACCGGAGAGUACGGCCGUGGUGACCUCAUCGGCGUGGUAAGGGGUCAAAUGUCAGGGGGCACAAUGGGUGGUACCAUUUUAAAAACGCUGCGUCCGUAGAACAAACAAUGCCAGGCUUUUAAAUAAUUCAUAGUUUUAUUGAUUGUAGACGUAAGCAAACCCAUUUAGACACAGACUCACACUGUUUCAUGCAGGAUCAUGAGUAAGCCCCACCAUGACGGGGCUAUUCACAACAUCUCAGAGUUGUGUGUGUGUCCCUGCUGUCCAUAGAGGAUUUAGCUCUGUUUGGUAACCCCUCUCCCUUAUCUAUCCACACCUAUUAAUUCACUGCAUCACGCUCCCAUUGGCUGACGUGGAUUUGCAGCGACGCCCAUGUUGCUAAGAAUACCUGCCCGAGCCGAAUCGCCCGAUGCCAUGGUUACCGGCUCCAGAGGGUAGCCGUAGUUACGGUGUCCGUGAGGACAGAUUCAGGAGAGCGUGGAAUGCGCGUCAGGGAUCCUGAUGCUAGGAUACAGAAUUAGACCCUGUGUGUACCAGCACCACAGUGUUAUUACAGAGAGAGAUGAAAGGUCCCUGGCUGGUUGGCUGGUUGGUUGGUUGGCUGGCUGGUUGGCUGGCUGGUUGGCUGGCUGGUUGGUUGGUUGGCUGGUUGGCUGGCUGGUUGGCUGGCUGGUUGGCUGGCUGGUUGGCUGGUUGGUGCUGAUGAAAAUGGACAGGAGAAUCACCGGGGCUUAAAAAGUCUGGCUCACCAUGCUGUUUUUGAUCCAUUCCUCUGAUCACAAGUUUUAUCUUAAAUAGUGAUUUACAUUUUCUGCACCAGUGAGUGCUUUUUUAACUAAAUAUGUUCCUAUUUGUAGGGCUAAGAUCACUUCAACUCCACAUGAAAACAAGGAAUGUGCAAUGAUUAUUAAAUCAAUUGCAAGAGUGUUAAGGGUUAGUUUGGUGCAUAGUCCCUAUAAUGAUUGAGGGAUGAUUUGCAGUGUUGACCAAUGGGAGCCUGUGGUGUUUGUUGUGUCCCCGCCCAGGUGGAGGCCCUGACCCAUCAGAACAGAGCGACCACGGUGCAUGCAGUACGGGACUCAGAGCUAGCCAAACUACCAGAGGGAGCACUCAGCUACAUUAAGAGGAAGUUCCCACAGGUAUGUAGGUCAACUGGCUUCAUAGACUUAGAUAGAUGACUCUAAUGCCCGAAAACAGGUUUUAACAUUGUCAGCGCCAUUGAGGAUUUUCACCAUUUGUGAAGUAGUUAACUGUGUGGGAAGGAUCACAUGAUUCCAUCAAGGUCAUCCGGAGGGAUCAGCCAAUUUAAUUUGACUUGUGAGCAAACAUUCCAUAACUGCAGGUGGCAGUAAAUCACCAACUGUGGCUUUAUACCUGUUCAAACAACACACUCCAGGUGGCAGUAUGCACCCUUUCAGUUUGUUUACCAACUCAUAGAAGUAGUAGAAUAUUAAAUGGACUACUUUAAAAUAGAGAUGGCCUCUACGGUGCUUUCACAGACGCCAUAAUGGGACAGAUACAAUUUGAGAAGUUUAAUUUGGUCUAUGACUGGUUUUGACUCACUCUCUCUCUCACUCUCUCUCACACACACACACACACACACAUGCUGACGCUCUCUUUCUUGUGUUUUAGGUAGUCACGAGGUUGAUCCACCUUCUUGGUCAGAAGAUCCUUCAGCAGGUCAAUGGCCCUCUGACAGGUGUGUGUGUGUGUGUGUGUGUGUAAAGGCAUCUGUUCUACCCAGAAGGAUUGAACUCCUUCUUUACCUGCUAUGUGUAAUAUGUUUUUCUGAUAAUGUUGCUUUCUCCAUCCAUGGCUGUGUGUCUGUCCUCCUCCCAGCUCGGAGCCUGGCCCUGCACACCCCAGGCAGUAAGUGGGAUGCAGGGAACCCGGCUUCCAACCUGUCCACUGUCACCGUGCUGCCUGUGUCUGAGGAGGUGCCUCUCACAGCCUUCACACUGGAGCUGCAGCACGCACUCAUCACCAUUGGUAACCACACACACACACACACAUUCCACCUCUCUCUUCAUCAAGUUAGUUCAAGGCUGUCUAGACAGUGCAGUUCAGCAGUGCUGCCCUUCCAUAGAUUUCUCAGCUAUAUAGAUAAGGGGGGGGUGACAUUGUGUUUAUGCCCGGGUGCUCGUUCCUAUGAUUUAAUACUCUGCUGGAGCUGAGUUAAUGAUCUCCAUUCAUGGGGACCUUGAAUUGUCCGUCCUCCCCAGUAGAAGGAGCUGAGUCUGUGUCAGCGUUGUGCCAGUUCAUCGCUUCCAAAGCUAUAGCGCCUUGGGAAUGAUAUGAGUUAGUACGGUUGUACUAUGGCUGUGUAUUUAUUCCUCGUCUCGUUUCUGUUUUAUUUAUUAUCUUUAACUCUGCAUUGUUGGAAAAGGACCCGUAAGUAAGCAGUUCACUGUUAGUCGACACCUGUUGUUUACCAAGCAUGUGACAAAUACAAUGUAAUUUGAUUUAGUUAUGCCCUUUCCACAGACCUGACCUAAAUUGUCCUUCUUCAUAGGCCCCACACUUCUACUGACCAGCGACAGCAUCAAGCAGCGCCUGGGAGCGGCCGCACUGGACAGGUGAGCUUGACUGAAUGGGUAUGUGUGCAUCUUGAACUACUCACAUGCAUUAUAAAGGGUUCCUUAUAUUUUUAAAUAAGUAAAUCACUGUCUCUCUCGCACUUCAUCCUCUUGUGUCUCUGUCUCUGUCUGUGUGUGUCUUGUCUGUCUCUGUGUCAGUGUUCAUGAGUAUCGUCUGUCCAGUUGGCUGGGCCAGCAGGAGGAUAUCCACCGCAUCGUGCUCUACCAGACCGACUACACCCUGACUCCCUGGACCCAACGCUGUAUCCGCCAGGCCGACUGCAUCAUCAUUGUGGGACUGGGGGAGCAAGACCCCGCUGUGGGGGAGGUAAGGGGGGAACCAGGAGGGACUGGGGGCUCUGGGAGGGGAACUGAUUUUGGAAAAUUGAAUUCUACUGAGCCAUCCUAUGAGUCUCAGUCACUUGUAACACAUUUGGACUGUACAGAAUAAUUUAUGAUUUUUAUGUGCUUUCACUUAGUGCGACUGGAGACAGAUGAUUUAGCAAUACGUUUGCGUGCGUUUUGCUGAGACUGCAACUACGUGACCACACUUACUAAAUUUGCAUUGCCUUUGAAUAUCUUCAGAGGCAGCAAAAGCUUCAGAAGCAGAGGAAAGCGGCCCCUCUCCUGGGGUGUAAUCAUUAGUAUACACCGAGGCAAACAGUUGCAACGAAAACAAGAGUUUCUAUUGGACAAAUUCCGGUAGGUUGCUCCCUGUUUUGUCAGACAGACAGACAGACAGACAGACAAUGAGCAGGGGAGACAAACGAACAAAACAGGGAGGGACCUCCCGUUUUUGUUGCAAAACUAGCAUUUGGAGAGGUUAGCUAGCUUAGCGUGUUAGCAUGAUGCUUGGGGAGAGGUUAGCCAGCUUAGCGUAUUAGCAUGGUGCUUGGGGAGAGGUUAGCUACCUUAGCGUGUUAGCAUGGUGCUUGGCAGAGCAGGCCACUGUGUUUGAUGUGGGAUUAGGGUCAGUGUAGAUCCUUAGGUUCUUAAGUCAUGUGUUUGCCGUGGGUUUUAAACAGGCUUAAUGGCCAAACCUACAAUGCAUUGUAUGUUUCUCAACCCUAGAGAUAUAGAGAGCAGUGGGGAUGGGUCGAGAGAAUGAAAGGAGGUAGAGAAGGAUGUGGGGGAAGAGGUGGAGAUAUAUAUAUGAGGGUCUGAGUGGGCCAUUUGGAGGAAAAGUAAUUGCAUCUACUGGAGAGGGAAAAAUAGUAUUGAAAUAAGAAUAGGGAAAGAAUGGAGGUGUUCUCUUUAAAAUGGAGUUGAAGACCGAACUGGAAGGUGGAUCAAUAUUUGUUCAUGCAGCAGAAUUAGUCAUAGCUUCUGGUUGAUUGUAUCUCCUCCUCACCCUCUCUACCCAGCUCAAACACCGGGUGUGCGUCCCAAAUGGCACCCUAGUCCUCACAUAGUGCACUACUCCCUAUGGGCCCUGGUCAAAAGUAGUGCUCUAAAUGGGGGAAACGCUGCCAUUUGGGACUUCAUCUGGGACUUUGUGGUAAGGAACCUAAUGACCGAUUUUAUACACUGUCUGAGGCUUGGUGGCAGGGUCUGAUAUGAUAUCCAUUUACUGAGAUAAAGAGAGGAAGGCCAACCAGACACAGACUCAAGUGACUUGAUACUAUUGUGUAAGACACUCCUUUCAUCUCAGUAUGUUGUAUGCAGUAUAUGCCUGUUUAAUUCUGGACAAACUAUGCCCUACUUCUCCUUGGCCAACCUCUAGUUGACCCCUGACCUUUGACCCUGUAGUUGGAGCGGAUGCUGGAGGGCAGUGCGGUGAGGGCCCAGAAGCAGCUGGUGUUGUUACACAGGGAGGACGGCCCCCCGCCCCAGGGCACUGUGGAGUGGCUCAACAUGAGGAGCUGGAUCUCUAGACACCUGCACCUCUCCUGCCCACGCAGGGUCUUCUCCAAGAGGAGCCUGCCCAAACUGGUACACACACACACACCUGAUCUUCCCAAACUGGGCACACACACAUCUGAUCUGCCAAAACUGCACACGCAAUGUACAAUUGGUACAUUUUUCUUUAACGUUUAAACUGCCAUUUUUGUAUCGGUUUUCCGUUAAAUAAAUUCCACGUGAAUUCACAAUGCUGCUGCCAGCAACGGUUUGAGUCUCAUGGUGUGUCCCUUUCAGAUGGUAAAGCAUUUCAUCUGUACUACCAUUACUGUACCUCAAUUCCACCUCGCAAAGUUUGCUUUUCCUUCUCAUUUAACUUCUUAAUAUAUUGCCAUACAGGACUUCACUGCCGUCACUUGCCUUUCUCUGCCAUUUUUUCAACUGUUAACGAUGAUGACUUAGUGGUGAAGUGUCGACUCCAAAAUAAUUGAUUCCUCGACUCCUUGCACGUCGACUCCUGGCAUCGACUCCCAUUUGAGUGUCAAGAUUAGUUUCCGUUAAGAAUUGACUCCUAAGAUUCAGUAUUUUUGGAACGGAGGAGACUGAUUAGUUGCCGUACUUCUGAGAACACAAACACUCACACAGAGCGAAGGGGGAGGGGCAGGUCGGCCACCAGGCAGAGCAGACAGUCAGAACCGUGCACUAGGCCAAUCUAUCAGCAAUCAAAGCUGUGUCUCGCAAUGGAAUGCUGUGUCUCGCAACUUCAGUAAAGCAGGGCCUAUCAUAAAUGAAUAGGCUAGGAUAUUGAGAAUGAGCGAGAUGCAACACUUCAGUCACACAUAGUAUCUGCGCAUGUGUAAUGUUUCGCUUUAUGCUGUUCACAGAGUGGUAGCCAGGGCACCAAAACAGCGGAGAAGUUGAGCAUCGUGCUUCAACGCUCUUAGUUGUUGUGGAAAUACUGUUUAUUCUCUGCAUUGACGUAAAACAAAAAACCCACAGUUUUUGCGUUAGGGGACUUUUCUUAAUGCUAAGCAUCCCAAUUUUGUUUUGACAUUUAAAUGUUCACGCCCCUAACCUUUAACUAAGGAAGAAUUGCCUCACAACCCCACAGUUAUUUCCAGUGUCCCACCAUUUAAGAAACAGUGUUUUAAUAUCUGCUGUGUGUGGCUCUCCUCUCCAGAUUGAGAUGUAUCAGCGUGUGUUCCAGAAACCAGCUGACCGCCACUCAGACUUCUCCCGCCUGGCCAGGGUCCUGACCGGGAACGCCAUCGCCCUUAUACUGGGGGGAGGAGGGGCCAGGUACGCCCCAAUGACCCCUGAUCUCUAACCUCUGACCUCUAGGUCACUGAAAUCACUAGGCCCUAUGUAUAGUCACUAUAGUCAUUUCUAUGAAGCCUUACCGGGGUGUGUGUGUUGUCUUUCCUAAUGCAUGAAACACUCAAAGCAGACUGCUUCCACUUUUCUGCCACAUGUAAUUCCUUGCUCAUUUCAUUUUCUCUUCUUCUCGUGUCUUUUUCUCUCUUCUCCUUCUGUUUGUCCUGUUUUUGUGUGUUGUGUUCAGGAGAUGUUUCAAGGUUGGUUCCUCUGGUCUCUCUCUCUCAACUCGUGUCUUUUAAAUGCUUUGUUUUAAUAUUUGUCUUGUUCCCCUUGGUGAAUUUGGACUCGCGUUAAGCACGCGUAAAUGGGAGGUACUUUCCUUUUCAUGCCCCUUUCUCUCUGUGUAUUCUGACCUUGAACUUAAGUAUGAGAAUAGCAUGCUAUUCACCCGCUAUUAGUUUGGGGUGAUCAAAGAAAUGAAGGUGUGGCGGAGGUGUGUCUGCAGAUAAUCCGUAUUCUGACCUUGGUUGAAUUAUUAGGGGAAUUAAGUCAUCUUUACACGCGAGGAAACCAUGAAUAAGGUCGGGCAAACCUACCGGUUCCAAGUGGAAAAAGCAUCUACUUUCUUUUUUCCGAUAGAAUCUCCAUGCACUGUAAUUUAAACAUUUAUAAUAGCUAUUGAUUAGAGCUAGGUAAAUUAGGAAUCUGUUUGGAGAAGGGGAUUGUAAAUACACAUAUAGCAAUUGUUUUAGAAAAUAUUUCCUUAUGAUAUAAAUAGCUGUGCCGUUAUUCAGAAUUGUAAUUGUAUGCCCUCAUAAUUUGCAGGGAUGAAAUUUGGAGACCCAGGCUUUUCUCUGUUUUAUUAGACAAUUUCUAUCAUGUUAAAUAUUAGCCAGUAUCGGGAGCCACCGUCCGUAAUAUCCACAUACAUUUAUAACUGUCACUUUAGUGUUAGUUUCCUUCAAUUUGUAGCCUACCUUUCCAUUCCGUUUACCUUUUAUUUUCUCUGUCACGUCUGUGUAGUUUUUCCGGUGGGUUGCUAGCAAUAGCGGAUCAUAUUAGGCUAAUGUUGUGCAGUAAUUUGGGACAUGUAGCUUAUUUGAAUCGUUAUGGAACUCAGACCACACGUAGCAGUUUAAACCUGCAGCCUGGCGCACAGUUCACAACGACUGGACCAUUGUCAUACAGUUCCAUGAUUUAGGGUAGAUUUAUAGGAUUAUUGUUCAACCCAUAUUGUACACUUUUUUUCGACCAUCCAAUAUGUCAUGCAUUGAACUUAAAUAUGGCAACUUUCAGGAUGAAGCAAACCACUGUAUUUUUGAUUCCUCAAUAUAUUUUAUGCGUAAAGGCUCUUAACCCUGUUUUUUAUGAUUCAUCAAUACUUUCCAAACCCUAUAAUGUGCCUAAAUAAUCUACAAAAAUAUUUUUAAAUCUACCAGUUGGUGCUGAAACAGAGACGAAUAUGCAUACGUUUAGAUGGCUUUCUUUUAUUGAUCCAUAUAUUCUGAACCCGUUCUCUCAAAUGUCUUCUAGUGAGUCUGUCAACAAAACUUUAAUUAAAGGUACACCGUAUUUAAAGGGAAGGCUUAAGAUAAAUGUACUGAAAACCCUAUUGAAUGCAAACUCCACGAGAAAAUCUGUUGUCCAGCAAGUGGGAGGACUUUCAGUGGUUGAAUUAUUAAAUGUAUUCAGCGCGCGCAAGGGAACCACACCUGCAAAUCCCGUUACGCACCUGCAUAAGGUAAGUCUGAAUACCAACUACUGAGAAGUGCGUAGGAAAGGCAUGCGUAGGAAAGGCAUGCAUAGGGUAAGGCGUACAUUUCCUAAGUCUGAAUCGGGCCCCUUGUGAAUUGGUGUGGUACUGGUGUUGACAUAUGUGGUAGUGUUAAACAAGUUGGUUACUUGGCAGUUACAAUCUCUAACAGUACACAUAAAUGGAGAUGAGUUGAGUCUGUUGUGUGAAACCAUUUCCAUGAACCUGCAAUGCAAUCUGUUAGUACACCUGCCAGAUACAGGGAAAACUGCAGAGGCUUGUUAGUCAUCAGAACCACAAACAUGAUGAUGAAAGCCAAGACAUUACCUCAAUCUACAUUCCUAUAAGUUUAAUGAGGGAGCUUGUAUGUUUAUAUGUGUUGUCUUUUGGAGUUAACAUAUUUAAAAUGUCUCACUCUCUUUCCUCUCAUACUCUCUCUCACUGUCUCUCAGGGGCUGUUCUCAGGUGGGUAUCAUGAAUGCUCUGAGUGAGGCAGGGAUACCUGUGGACCUGGUAGGAGGUGUUUCCAUCGGUUCCCUGAUGGGGGCGCUGUAUGCAGAGGACCGCAGUCACAGCCGCAUGAGGAUGAGGGCGCGAGAGUGGGCUAUGGUGAGAGGAACUCACCACAGCUAGUCUCUUUCUCAAUGUAUCUUUCCUCGAUUCCUCUGUCAUUUUACAUUUGACAUUUUAGUCAUUUAGUAGAUGCUCUUAUCCAGAGCGACUUACAGGAGCAAUUAAGGUUGUGCCUUGCUCAAGGGCACAUCAACAGAUUUUUUUAGGUUACUGGCCCAACGCUCUUAACCGCUAGGCUACCUGCCGCCCCCCCCGUCCUCACCGCCUUCUCCAAAUGGAAGGACAUUGUAUCUUUUUAUCCAAAAUGCCUUGAGAAGGAGGCAAGGAGAGAGGACGCGAGGAAUCGAGGAAAGACAAAUUGAGAAAUAUUAAUUUGAUCUUCACUCAACCUUCAUGUGUCACCUAUUGGCAAGUGUUUACAUUUUGGCCGGUCAACCUUGAAGACACAGUAUUUUGACUUCAAUGGGACAACUUGGUCAAAUAAAGGUGAAAUAUGCAUGUUGUCAUCGAUUUUUCCCGGUCUACUUGGCGGUAUAUUGCAGGAGAUGACGUCCAUGUUUAAGAAGGUGUUGGAUCUGACCUACCCCAUCACUUCUAUGUUCUCUGGCGCUGCCUUCAACUCCAGCAUUUACACAGUGUUCCAGGGCAAGCAGAUAGAGGUGAGAAACAAAGAAACCCUCACAGCACAGUUGGAGUUAGACAGUCUUGGGACUCUCUUGUAAAAGGCAUUUUUCAUCUUAAUGUGAUCACCUGUGUAAACAGAGUAGAUUAAAUACAUCAAUUAAAAAAUUGCCUGUUGUAUACGGUCUGAUAAAGAUUUAACUUAUUAUAUCAACCUAAUAAGAAAAGGAGCUUGCUUCGAAAUGCGUCAGCAAUAAAUAUAAUUGAGGGGAAUUAAGCUGCCGCCCUGAACCUUCUUUUACAAUUGCAAUAUCAACAUGACCAUUUAAUGACUAGUGGUGCUGUUGUUUGUGCAGGACCUGUGGAUCCCUUAUUUCAACAUCACCACUGACAUCACUGCCUCCACCAUGAGAGUGCACACUGACGGUUAGGCCUCCAAGCUCUGUGUGUGUCUCUUCUCUCUCUCUCUCUCUCACCCUCUCUCACUCUCUCUCUCUCACCCUCUCUCUCUCUCACUCUCUCUCUCUCUCUCUCUCACCCUCUCUCUCUCACACCCUCUCUCUAUCUCUCACCCUCUUUCCUUCUCUGUUUUAACUGAUGAGAAAUUGGAUUAUGAAGAAGGCACCUCUCCCUCUUUUAUCCACCUCCAUAUGUCAAUUUCCCCUCUCUCAGGUUCUCUUUGGAGGUACGUGCGUGCCAGCAUGUCUCUCUCUGGCUACCUGCCCCCUCUAUGUGACCCUAAAGACGGACACCUGCUGAUGGACGGCGGCUACAUCAACAACCUGCCAGGUCAGCAACACACACACACACACACACACACGAACACACACUGCAGUGGCAAGGUAAGACAAGGUGGGGAUCGGCAUAGGUGUUACAUAUGGUUAAGGCCUCCUUCUCACUCACAAACGCAUACAACACACAGACUACUUCUCUCCUGCUCAGCGAUGUACUACUAAUUAUUAUUUGGUGGGUGGUUAUAUUUGUCCUAUGUACAAUGAGGGAAUUAAGUAUUUGAUCCCCUGCUGAUUUUGUACGUUUGCCCACUGACAAAGACAUGAUCAGUCUAUAAUUUUAAUGGUAGGUUUAUUUGAACAGUGAGAGACAGAAUAACAACCAAAAAAUCCAGAAAAACGCAUGUCAAAAAUGUUAUAAAUUGAUUUGCAUUUUAAUGAGGGAAGUAAGUAUUUGACCCCCUCUCAAUCAGAAAGAUUUCUGGCUCCCAGGUGUCUUUUAUACAGGUAACGAGCUGAGAUUAGGAGCACACUCUUAAAGGGAGUGCUCCUAAUCUCAGCUGGUUACCUGUAUAAAAGACACCUGUCCACAGAAGCAAUCAAUCAAUCAGAUUCCAAACUCUCCACCAUGGCCAAGACCAAAGAGCUCUCCAAGGAUGUCAGUGACAAGAUUGUAGACCUACACAAGGCUGGAAUGGGCUACAAGACCAUCGCCAAGCAGCUUGGUGAGAAGGUGACAACAGUUGGUGCGAUUAUUCGCAAAUGGAAGUAACACAAAAUAACUGUCAAUUUCCCUCGGCCUGGGGCUCCAUGCAAGAUCUCACCUCGUGGAGUUGCAAUGAUCAUGAGAACGGUGAGGAAUCAGCCCAGAACUACACGGGAGGAUCUUGUCAAUGAUCUCAAGGCAGCAGUGACCAUAGUCACCAAGAAAACAAUUGGUAACACACUACGCCAUGAAGGACUGAAAUCCUGCAGCGCCCGCAAGGUCCCCCUGCUCAAGAAAGCACAUAUACAGGCCCGUCUGAAGUUUGCCAAUGAACAUCUGAAUGAUUCAGAGGAGAACUGGGUGAAAGUGUUGUGGUCAGAUGAGACCAAAAUCGAGCUCUUUGGCAUCAACUCAACUCGCCGUGUUUGGAGGAGGAGGAAUGCUGCCUAUGACCUCAAGAACACCAUCCCCACCGUCAAACAUGGAGGUGGAAACAUUAUGCUUUGGGGGUGUUUUUCUGCUAAGGGGGCAGGACUACUUCACUGCAUCAAAUGGGACGAUGGACGGGGCCAUGUACCGUCAAAUCUUGGGUGAGAACCUCCUUCCCUCAGCCAGGGUAUUGAAAAUGGGUCGUGGAUGAGUAUUCCAGCAUGACAAUGACCCAAAACACACGGCCAGGGCAACAAAGGAGUGGCUCAAGAAGAAGCACAUUAAGGUCCUGGAGUGGCCUAGCUAGUCUCCAGACCUUAAUCCCAUAUAAAAUCUGUGGAGGGAGCUGAAGGUUCGAGUUGCCAAACGUCAGCCUCGAAACCUUUGACUUGGAGAAGAUCUGCAAAGAGGAGUGGGACAAAAUCCCUCCUGAGAUGUGUGUAAACCUGGUGGCCAACUACAAGAAACGUCUGACCUCUGUGAUUGCCAACAAGGGUUUUGCCACCAAGUACUAAGUCAUGUUUUGCAGAGGGGUCAAAUACUUAUUUCCCUCAUUAAAAUGCAAAUCAAUUUAUAACAUUUAUGACAUGCGUUUUUCUGGAUUUUGUUGAUGUUAUUCUGUCUCUCAUUGUUCAAAUAAACCUACCAUUAAAAUUAUAGACUGAUCGUGUCUUUGUCAGUGGGCAAACGUACAAAAUCAGCAGGGGAUCAAAUACUUAAUUCCCUCACUGUAUAUGUACAAGUGUAAAAUGUAGAACUCCUAAAUGUUCAUUGUUACUGUCUAAGCCCUAAGCCUGCCUCUGCCCCUCUCCCAGCGGACGUGGCUCGCUCCAUGGGUGCCAAGGUGGUGAUCGCCAUAGACGUGGGCAGCCAGGAUGAGACCAACCUCACCAACUACGGCGACUCGCUCUCCGGCUGGUGGCUGCUAUGGAAACGUCUCAACCCACUGGCAGAGAAAGUCAAGGUGAGCCUCUCUCACAGCACUGUAUAGGACUACAGCCUCAGGUACUGUGUAAACCUAAAGAUAUGGUGUAAUUAUAUGGCAUUCAUGUUUUGUCCUACUUUGCAAUUCAUUUCUAUGAAAUUGUAUUGGGUUCAUAUCUGAGUGAAAAUAAUGUUGUCUUUCACUAAGAAUAUUUAUGCAAUUUUUCAAUAACUCGGAAUGUAUAGGGUUACUUAGUAUGUGUCCCAAAUGGUACCCUCUUCCCUAUUUAGUGCUCUACUUUUGCUCUGGUCAAAAGUUGUGCACUACAUAAGGAAUAGGGUGCUGUUUUGGACACAAUAGACACUGGAGGUAUGUGCACAGUUGUAACCCUGCUGUGCUAAGUGUUGUGGUAUUUUACCUUUGACCCCUGUAGGUGUUGAACAUGGCAGAGAUUCAGACGCGGCUGGCAUACGUGUGCUGUGUGCGUCAGCUGGAGUCGGUGAAGAGCAGUGACUACUGCGAGUACAUCAGACCGCCCAUAGACCGCUACCGCACACUGGAGUUUGGCAAGUUCGACGAGAUCGCUGUGAGUCUCUCUCGGUCUUUGACAUGGGCAGUCAGUCUCUGUUAUUCUCUUUCUCGCUUUUGCUUCCUCUCGCUCACCCCCCCCCCCCCCCCUUUAGCUACAUUACAUUCAGUGUGUGUGUGAGUAUUAUGUGUGUGUGUGUGUGUGUGUGUGUGUCCUGCAGGAGGUGGGCUACCAGCAUGGCAAGACGGUGUUUGACGUUUGGAGUCGCAGUGGAGUGGUGGAGAAGAUGCUGAAGGACCGCCACCAGGAGGAGUUUCACAACACACACAGCAACAACAACGUGAGGGAGGGAGGGAGGGAGGGAGGGAGGGAGAAAAACCUCACUCACUAUUAGAGGAGGAGUUGCAGACAUCAUACUUUUACAGAGUUUUGAUUAUGCCGUUUUUUUAAAGGAGUGCUUUAUAUAUGACUAGAUAAUGUAGAAUUGUGUAUUUUAAUGCUAUUAUUCUGAAUGAUUUCUGUAUGAGGCCUCUAGUGAAUGACACCUGUGUGCUAUGUGAUCUGCAGGGACCUGUGACCUGUCCCAAUGCCUCCUUCACUGACCUGGCAGAGAUCGUGUCCCGCAUCGAUCUGGCCAAACCAGCUCUGGUCGACGGUGAGACUGGCAGAUGAUCUGAUCUGCACAUAGAGCAGCAGAGUGCUAUGGAGGUCAAACAGGCAUUAUAAGGUGUAGGCCUAUAACAACAAGGCCACAGUACCACAGUACCACAUGUCCUCUGGGACCCCAGCUAUUUGGCAACAAGAGAGGGGAAAGCUGUAACUGUCUUGUUUUAACUGUAAAAUGCCUUUUUUUUUAUUGCCAGCUGGGAAGAGGCUGCGAGCCAGUAGCUAGUUAGCUGUCGACCUUCCUGUUACCAUCACAGCUGGAGUAAUUUAAUAUUUAUGUUUUUAAUGCCGCUCUGCUAGCUUUUCACCCCCCUCCCCUCUCUUUCAUGGGUUUGGCACUCUGCCUCCUGCUGUCCUGGGGAAGAUAGAAAAUAAGCCUAUCUUGUCUUUCUCCUUGCUUGUUGUUGUUGACUAUUGUCUGGGCUCUGUGAAUGCUGCCACACUCACUUAGCAGAUACAUUUGUUUCAGAGCGACAAGAUGGUUGGUUAAAUUAUGAUUCAUAUGCAGCUAUGACUGUUCCUGUACACACCCCACCUUCCUCCUUUCAUCACCCCUAUCCACUCUUCAUGCACCUUUCCAUCUCUCCACCCCGCCACGCUUCCCUCUCCAUUACCCUUCCUUAUCUCAGAGGAGUCCGACUACCCCACAGACUAUGAGGAGGAGGCGGUGGAGAGUGCCUACUCAGACUUUGAGCUGUCCAAUCACUACAGCGAACACACCACUGAGGGGGAGGAGACUGCAGACACGGUGCGGUGAAGGGUUUCCAUUUUCCCAUUUGAGUCAUUUAGCAGACGCUAUUAUCCAGAGUGAGUGCAUAUAUUUUUGUACUAGUCCCCCUUGGGAAUUGAACCCACAAUCCUGGCAUUGCAAGCGCCAUGCUCUACCAACUGGGCUACACAGGACAAUGUUGAUGCUUUUUUAACUCUGUAUUGCAUGACAGUGUAAAAUAAGAGGACAUUUUAGGACUUGGGCCGUCUUAUCACUUUCUCUCUCCUUUUUGAGACUUUUAAGCCUGAGAUCAGCCUAAUGACAUAUCAGCUAAUCACUGUGUCUCAUCCUCAGGAUGAAGAGCUGCUGGACAUGGGGAGAAGACGUCGCCCUCCUCCCCCAGGCUCUAGCAACGUGAGCCCCCUCUCCUCCCCCCACACCAUGCCUACAGCCCCACCCCUUGGAGGAAACUGA